AUGCGCCUUAAUGCCACGAACCCCCUUGGCAAGGAUGCUCCGUCCACUCAGGUAUUCCUGGAGUUUCGUGACGUAGAAGGCCUCAGUCUCCUGCUGCUGGCCCCACCUCCGGCCCGCAUGGUGGAAAUGGAUGGGAUGAAGCUGGCACAGACCAGAGCCAUUCUCAACUACAUUGCCGCCAAAUACAACCUCUAUGGGAGAGACAUAAAGGAGAAAGCCCUGAUUGAUAUGUAUUCAGAAGGUAUUGCAGAUUUGAAUGAAAUGGCCAUGCGUUUCCCACUAUGCCCACCCGAUCAAAAAGAUGCCAGCAUGACCCAGAUCAGAGAGAGAACAACAAAUCGUUAUUUCCCAGCCUUUGAAAAGGUGUUGAAGAGCCACGGACAAGACUACCUGAUUGGCAAAAGGCUGAGCAAGGCUGACAUUGACCGGGUUGAACUUAUCUACCACCACGAGCUAGGACAGUGGCAUGGAACAAAGUCUCCCUCAGAGCAAAAUUGAAGGAAUUAAUUUCGA